CCAGAGUGCGCUCUAUUUGAUUUAACUUCAGAGUACAGCGAAUUAUGUAACUUAUUCGUGAGCCGAAAGCUCCGAAGUUUGGUGUGCAAGAGGUUGUUGCCGGCGUUUCAAGGGCGCAGCAGCCUCUGCCAAUCGGAAUCGGUUCGUCUGACGAGUCUGUACUGGCAUUAUUUCGCCCGCCGCCACCGCUGCCGGUACCUCGCAGUUGGCCUCGAACAAAUAGUAUAAACAGUUCUUCUCGCGAUGAUCGACACCCACCACCUGCUGAUAUUUUAGAGAAUUCAUGCAAGUUUUACAAAAACAAUGUGGAAGCUUAGUGUGUUGUGUUUUGUAAUAAGUUCACUUAUAAAUUUGCAAAGUACUGUGGCCGAAGACCAAGGUGGUUUCAGAAAGUGUUGCGCCCCUAGUGAAAGUCUUGUAAAGAUUACAGAUUUUAGUUUUGAAUGUAUCGACCGUGAGAGUGCUAAACAAACAUAUAAUAUUACUAACAAUGACUUUUCACAAAUAAUUAUUUCUGAUAAUAUAUCUAUAAAUUACGGAUUUCCAGAAAAUUGUACAUGGCAAAUGGCUCAAACUAACGAAGUAGAAUUGACACCAAUGUCUGACGAUGCCAGCUAUUCCAAAUGCAAUGACAAAAUAAUCUUAGAAAUUAACGGAUCUCAAAUAGAAACCAUUUCCAAAAUAGUGACUCUGACAUGUAACAUACAAAAUAAUUCUCUAACAUUAGAGCCAGAAGUUACUCAAGUUAACGUUGAUAUCUUGCGAAAGUGUUGUCCAUCAGAAGAAGUGUACGAUUCUGAAUAUCACGUCUGUAGACCUACGAAAGAAGAAAGUACAGCAGAGUGGUUGUUAUCACAAUUAACUUUAAAUAGCGAUAGUUAUAUUUACAAUGUAGAGACUGGACUAAAUUGUAAAAGUUCAGAAUAUUCAGUGGAGUUGUCGGUUAAGCACUUUUCAAUGCAACUAGAAGGAAGUGUUCUAAAAGUCUUCAAAGACCAUGACAUAAAGGUGGCACGUGGAGAUUGGUGUGUAGACCGCGACUACACUGGAGGCAACAUGAUAGCGCGCGUUUGCACACAAAAUUGCGCUCAGUACGGAGCUUACUGUUUCCGUAAAUGUUGUCCUUUGGGAGAACACUACCAACCCUUCGGAUGUAAUACUUCAAGAAGCAAGUGUCGCAAAAGCAGUAGUGCGGAUGUCUUUCUCAAUAUGUCCAUCUAUUUUGACCCACUGGAAGCUCGUGACGCUAAUUUACUAGAUACUCAAGGCAUCAGAACAGGCUUGAUUUGCGAAUUCCAGAAGUUUGUUAUAAACCGAACAUUGCCAAGUGAACAACACUCGCUGGGGACCGAUGGGCUCCUCAAUGGGACGCCUUGGGAUCCUCAUAAUUACUGCGUUGAAAUGUUCGACUAUCGUUUUUGCGGGGCCGGGGUCACAGUAAUGACUCUUGCUUGUUUUAUUCCUGAAGUUACAGUGUAUAAGAAUUAUGCGUUAUCUGCAGUGUCAAAUACGAUAUCGGCGGUGUUCCUGGCGCUGACCCUGAUAGUAUACCUAUCGCUACCAGAACUUCGUAAUCUUCACGGUCGGACAGUAAUAUGCCAUUCAGUCACCAUGUUACUCGCGUAUUCCUGCCUGGCUCGGGUACAGUUUAUCGACGUUAAGGACGACACGCUUUGUAUUUUCUUGGGGUACGGAAUCUACUUUGGCUUCGUGGGCGCAUUCGUAUGGCUCAACGUCAUGUGCUUCGACAUCUGGUGGACAUUUGGCAAUAUUCGCUCCGUACAACCCCUGCGUAAGGCAAAUGUUGAGAGAAAACGUUUCAUAUGGUACUCUAUAUACGCUUGGGGAGCUACUUUGUUGUGCACAAUCGUCGUAUACCUUUUCGAUAAGUACCCAGUGUCCGAUCUCCUCAAGGCUAAUAUGGGCAAAGGCAUUUGUUGGUUUGGAACGGUUCAAAAUUCAAGCACAGACUGGCCUCACUACAUCUUUUUCGUGAUCCCAAUGGGCAUAUUGACCAGCAUAAAUCUGGUCCUGUGGGGGCUGACGGCACGGCACUGUGCCAGGGUCAAGUCUGAGGUCCAUCGAAUGCAAGCUGGAUCAGUCGGAGACCGCGCUAAGAAACGUUUUAGGGUCGAUAGAGCCAAGUAUGUCUUAACAGGAAAGUUAUGGAUCGUGAUGGGUGCUGGGUGGAUUUCUGAGCUCCUGUCCACUAUGUUCUCAAAACCAGCAUGGCUGUGGGCAACUGUAGAUCUCGUUAACGAACUACAAGGACUAUUCAUAUUCCUCAUAUUCGUGUGUAAACCGAAAGUCUAUCAUUUGAUUAAGAAGAGACUUGGUUGUUCAAGGACCCCGAUCGAUACAAGUUUGGAGAAACAGGAUGUUCAGAAGAAUGGUACUUCCUCAUCAGGUCGCACGUCAUCCACCUUCCUUUCAAGAACCAUCAGCAACGAUGAACGCACCGUCUUGCGGGCCUCACUCCCUAACAAUGACAUUAAGAAAGCUUAGAUUAACGCUUGGUUCGUAUUAAUAUCGUUGCUUUGUAUACCUACUUAUUAAUAUACAAUUUAUUGCAAUAGCGCAUUUGCAUUCUAUGAUCGAUAUUAGUUCAAAGUUAUUAUUAUUACCAGUAAUUAAAAUGAUUAUUAUACAUAUCUCAAACU